AUAUCUAUCUAUCUAUCUAUCUAUCUAUCUAUGGAUGUGUUGAGACUGUCUUGUCAGUUUAUGCAUACUUUAUGUGCGCUUUGGGUGCUUUAUUACGUUUAUGUCGAAAUAUAUUAUAAUUAUAAUCCAUGAUAAACACUUUUUAUUUAGUAAGAAAUAUUAAAAUUUCAACCACUGAAGCUAUAGAGCGUCUGUCCCGACUGACAGUCAGCUGGUGGCCUCUGCCAGUUGAGAAAAGUUUGUUUCUGAGCGCUUCUGAUAUGUUAAUUAGCUCUGCGAGUGUGCGACCCUAUUGGCUCUUCGUCCGAGUCAAUUUCCCGUUUCCAGCCUUACGUCAGGGCGGCUACAGUGCUCUUAAACUCAUCUGCUGUGUGAUCCCAGUAAAAAAGCGUCCCACUAGGAACUCAGCGGAAUCAAAGGUGCGAGGCUGACUCUCGGCUUGUUUUGCCCUCUACCCUCUCUCCGCUCACUUAAUGUAUUCCUGAAGAAGGCGUAAAGUGUUAAAUGUUUGAAACACAAAACCGUCGUGUUUCACAUGCUGAAAGAGGACUCCGCUAUUCGUGUGCGCGGCACUGCUGCGUCUGUGCAAUAGAUUCUGCAAAGAAAAACUCUUCUCGCACGUGGCUGCGCAAAAAGGACGCUGCAAAACCUAUUUUUUUUUAGUUUCAAGACAAACGCUUAAAAAUCAAACUGGCUCACGUCCUUCCCAACCAGCCCAGUUUGACAGCUGCUCUUCACCCCGUUUGGAGGACUGUCAGCAGCAGCAGCAAGAGGAUGGCAUCAGAGCUGGCAAUGAGCAACUCCGACCUGCCCACCAGUCCCUUGGCCAUGGAAUAUGUUAAUGACUUCGAUCUGAUGAAGUUUGAAGUGAAAAAGGAGCCGGUGGAGCCCGAUCGCAACAUCAGCCAGUGCAGUCGCCUUAUCGCCGGGGGAUCCUUGUCUUCCACCCCGAUGAGCACGCCUUGCAGCUCGGUGCCCCCUUCCCCAAGCUUCUCGGCGCCCAGUCCGGGCUCGGGGAGCGAGCAGAAGACACACAUAGAGGAUUUCUACUGGAUGUCCGGUUAUCAACAGCAGCUGAAUCCAGAGGCGCUGGGCUUCAGCCCCGAAGACGCAGUCGAAGCGCUCAUCAACAGCAGUCACCAGCUCCAGUCCUUCGAUGGCUACUCCAGGGGCCAGCAGUUUGCUGGCGCGGCCGGGGCAGGAGGUACCAUGGCUGGGGAAGAGAUAGGUUCCGCCGCAGCUGUAGUGUCAGCUGUGAUCGCUGCGGCAGCAGCCCAGAACGGGUCGCAACACCACCUCCACCACCAUCACCACCACAACGGCAGCCACCACCAAGCGCCCUGCGUCCAGUCCAACGGCACUUCUGGGACGAAUCACCCUCACAUGCGCCUGGAAGAUCGGUUCUCAGACGAGCAGCUGGUGACCAUGUCAGUGCGGGAGCUCAACCGGCAGCUACGGGGGGUCAGCAAGGAAGAAGUGAUCAGACUGAAACAGAAGAGGAGGACCCUAAAGAACAGAGGCUACGCGCAGUCCUGCCGCUUCAAGCGGGUCCAGCAGCGGCACGUCCUGGAGGGAGAGAAGACGCAACUCAUGCAGCAGGUCGAGCACCUAAAGCAGGAGAUCUCCAGGCUGGUCCGGGAGAGGGACGCGUACAAAGAAAAGUAUGAGAAGCUCAUCAGCAACGGCUUCAGAGAAAACGGAUCCAGCAGUGACAACAACCCUUCAUCCCCGGAGUUUUUCAUGUCGUCAAGAAAAUUCCUCCAUCUGUGAUUUCACGCCCGCUUCAUCUUUGCCCUGGGUUUUAUGAGAAAACUCAACAACGAUAGCGAAGGCAUCCAAGCAGCUGAUCAGUUGCACCAAGAAACCUACAAAGCACAACAUUAAUAAUGAAGAACAGCAAAGAAGACCUAUUAGAAUUUCUCAAAAUCCCCACAUUGAAGAUCUUGAAAGUUGCAUUUUCUCCGGUGUUCCUUCUUGGUAUUUUACCUGCAGCUUUUUCUACAAAACAAUACAAAAAAAGAAAAAAAAAUAAGAGACUCACAAUCAUGAGAUGAUUGAAAACACCAGAUAAAUACUUUAGAAAGACUAUUUUCUUUUGAGUGCGAAGAUCAAUGAUGCAUGUUUCUGUAAAUAAAUCAUGACAAGACCCUUUUUCCUGAAAUAGGCAGCAUACCCAGUUGUUUGUCACCAAAUUCAUAAACCUUAUUACUGUGGAGUGAGUAUUCAUGAAUUGAUUUACCUCACAAAACCUGAAUACUUUUUAUGAGUCAAGAGCCCCUGAAAUGUUCAUUUCAAAUGUGAUUUUAUUGUCUUUGGUAUUAUUGGAUCUGUAAAAGUAUCAUUCUUAUUUUUUUAAACAACAGCCUAGUCUUCCUAUCUAAUACUCACAUUAGUAUAUGCAUAUAGCAAUGUGUGAAGGCAGCAGCAUGGACAAGCUUAUGAUGUAUAUUUCCCAAACUGGUAGACCAUUCACUAUCUCAACAUUUCAUAAUUAAGUUACAGCAUUUAAAAAGAAAAUCUAGUUUUUCUCUAAAAUGACAUUUUUUCCUGACAUUUAGGCAAUUUUUCAUAACUUUUUUAUAUUGCAUAAAAUUAUUAUUUAUAAGUCUUAAAAGCCAGAAUUGCAUUUGAUUUUGUUUUAUAUUCUACUGGGAAAGUCAAAGUGUAAAGGAAAUGUCAUCAAACCAUUGGCCUGACAAAACCAUAAUGUUCAACAUUUCAAAUAUGAUUUAAUGUUAAUGUUGGACAUUUUCUACCUGUAUGUAAUUUGUGUAUUUCCAAUGCAAUAACUGUGCCCUCCCUCUAAAUGUCCAUAACUGCUGUAAGCAUAGCUGCUGUCUGUUUGAGUGGGACAUUUUUAUUUGCACGUUUCCAGACCGCACUCUAUAUCUGAGCCUACACAUGGGGAAGCAAAAUGGAAUUCCUCGCUGACUGCAAUAUGGACAUGAGGACUUAUCCUCCGUCUUCCAUGAACUUUGAUGAUUACCAAAUGCACCGACGGAUAAAACACCCAGGCAACGAACAGAUGACCUCAGUGAUUAGUCCCUCACUGGUGAAGGAAGAAACAUUUGCAUGGACAACAGAGGAAAUUUACUGCAGCUUGUUGGACAGCAAUUCUCCGCCAUUGUGCAUCCUCUCUACCUCUCAAGAAAUUCAUGCCCCGUCAGUGCUCCCUCUGUUAUCCCCACAGUCCAAAUUUCUGCUGCAUGUUCCAGAACCUCAUGGAGAAAGUUUAGCACUGAAUCCUGCGUAGCGAUGGGGAAAACAUCAAAUAUUUACUUUAAAACUAAUACAUUCAUUGCUUGUUGCUGUAUAUAUGUAACUAGGACGAGUAUGUGUAGUUUCAGAUGCUGUACUCUGCAUGUUAACUUGUAGAUGGAACACAACAACUAUUCAUAGAUGAGGACAUGCAGAUAGCCAAUCAGUUAACUGACUGUACCAAUUUAAGCUUUUUGUUAGUUUUACAUCUCCUUUUUUUGAUAAUGUACAGUACCUGGAUAAAAACAAUUUUUACUUUCCUUCACACUAAACUGCAGAGCUGAUAAUCGUUAAAUCUGAUGAAACAUCAGAGGGAAGCACACCCUCCCUUCAAAUGUCAGAAUGAAACCUGGCCAUGGCAAGCAUGAGGAGGAAAAUAAAAGGGAGAAGUCAAACUGGGGUGCUCCAGUUAAGUGGCAGCAAACAAAGUGGCAUGCGGCGUCCUGCCAACAACUGUCUAUUCAUCUUGUGUCAAAAGGAUUUGCACAUUUCAAUGAGUCUACACACUGACAAAGAGGUCCAAGAGCAGAGAGUAGGAGAGGAGGCUAGACUUUAGAAAAAGAGCUAAAUUUAAUGAGACAAUGUUGAAGUAUUUUAGUGCUUUGACCAACAACAUGAUAAUUUCUUUUCUGACCUCCUUGGAGAGCUCAACAACCCCUUGACCUCAAACUGUUACAGUAUAAUGUAGCUCUCUGGGCUAAUUUAACCUUACGUCCUGUCAGAGGUUAACUUCAUGUUAAUGAGCAGACCCCUUAGCCCAACCAGAUGUUCAGCCUUGUGGUUAAAUACCUGUUACCCUCUGUGAUUAAAAAAAAAAAAACUUA